AUGGCUCCUGAUGACACGCUUCCUGGGACAGGCUGGUUUGCCAGCGGGAUCAACACCGCUCAGCUUUUUUCCUCGAAUUUAACGGCAUCAAGCGGAGUCUUCCGCUCUGCCUCACGCCUCCUCGACUCUUCAAGCUUAGUACUAGCUGAUUCGCAUUUCGUCAUCACAGCCAUUGUCGCAGCUGUCGCGGUCCUCAUUUCCACUUCAUGGCUCUCCUUUCUUCGCCGCCGCCGCUCCCUCCCUCCAGGCCCUUCCCCAUGGCCCAUCUUCGGCAACCUCCCGGACCUAGGACUGUUGCCUUUUCGCUCCUUCACGAAGCUGGCCGACAGGUACGGCCCGAUCCUGACCGUCUGGUACGGUUCAACGCCGUCAGUGGUCAUCUCGUCGCCGGAGCUCGCUCGCCAGGUGCUUAAAACGAAUGACAAGCUCUGCUCGUCUCGCCCUAUGAAUCGAACAUUGGCUAUUCUCUCACUUGACGGCAAAAACAUCGUGUUUUCGCCACCUAAUGACCGUUGGCGAAAGUUGCGACGGCUGUCGACGCUCCACCUUCUGUCUGCGAAGAAACUGCAGGAGAGCCUUCCCGUGCGAGAGGAGGAGGUUCGCGACAUGCUCGAUGCGAUCGCUGCUGACGUGGCUAGUACCGCUAACGAAGCCGCUGCUGGCGCAGCAACUAGUCCUUCGGAUGUGACAAAAUCUGCUGGCGUGGCGGAAGAGGGGGUCAUAGAAGCGCGAAGGUAUUUAAAUCGCGCGACGCUCAACAACAUUAUGCGCGUGACUGUCGGGACGCGCUUCGGCUAUUCCUCGAUUCGCGGCGCGGCGGCGAGCACCACGCUUCUCGAAGCCGGGAUGCGCAUCGACUGGAACGCGCGCAUUGCCGCAAUGAGCGGCGAGAAACGCGGCGGUGAGAUUCGACGCGGCGCUGUCGCCGACGCGGCUGCAUCUCCGGCCACGGGGUCUGAGGCUUCGGCAGCGGCAGAACAAGAUAGCUCCAAGCUACGAUCCUCUCAGACAGAGAUUGCGGAUAGUGGCACUAGUACUGCUAAGACUAGUAUAUCGUCUUCAUUGGAAGAAGCGGAAGGAAAUAUAGCGCUUGCGAUAAUCGAGGAGGGCUUUGAUCUUGCGGGGACAUUCAAUAUCGCGGAUUUCGUGCCGUGGCUGAGCUACUUGGACCCGCAGCGCAUCUACGCGCGCACGAAGCGCCUCGUGCCGCAGCAGCACGGGUUGAUGCGCGCGUGCAUCGCGGAGCGACGCCAGCUCCUGCUGAAAACGCGGUCAGGGGGACGCAAAAAGCCAGAGGACUCGGCCCUAGUAGAUGCUUUGUUCGAGAUUGAAGGGGAAGGGGAGAAUAAAGUGGAUAAAGACGAGAUGCUGCUGCUCGCGAUUGAUAUGAUGAUGGCGGGAACAGAUACCACCGCCAAAACCGUGGAAUGGACGCUUGCUGAGCUGGCGCAGCACCCUGACAUGCUGGAAAGGCUUCGUGCUGAGGUGGAUGCCGCGUAUGCCAGGUCAGCAAGUGCAGCCGCCGAAACUGGGGCAGCUGAAGCAGGAAGAUCGGAUCUCAUGGUCUCUCUUCCAUUAUUGGAAAUGCCGUAUCUGCAGGCUGUUUUAAAAGAAUCACUUAGGCAUCACCCGGUCGCUCCGUUCCUCGGUCCCCACAUAACAACUGGCAGCGUUACUCUAGGUGGUUACCACAUCCCUCCCAACACCAUGAUCCAGAUCAACGGCUGGGGUCUCGCGCACGAUCCAACGGUCUGGAUCAACCCGCACGAAUUUGACCCCUCCAGGUUCCUUGACCCUGCUGCCCCUGGCGUGACCGGACAAAACUUCAGCCUGCUGCCCUUUGGUUCAGGCAGGCGUGGAUGCCUUGGUAUGAAUAUGGGAUUGGACUUCGCUGCCCGCCUGCUGGCAAAUUUCGUUCGGCGGUUUGAUUUCAAGCUGCCCGAAGAUGUUAGGGCAGCUGGGGGGCUGGACAUGACGGAAACAAUUGGGCUGACCAUGGCUCUGGCGAAGCCACUCAGGCUUGUGGUGAGGGAGAGAAAGGCAGUGGUGGGGGCUGUAGGGAUGGCGGCAGUGGGUGCUACAGUGGUGACUGCUGGAGCCUGA